AAGUGUUAAAAUGCCAUUCAAAUUUCAUCUAAAAAAAAGUAGACAAUACAAUGUGGUUUCAAAGAACCAAUAUGUGAUCUGUGUUGAACUGUUAGAUACAACAUCCAUUGAAUGCACACUGAGCAUUGACAGUUUAGGUCAGGAAUGUUUAGAUAAUGUGACCCAACGUUUAGGCUUGGGCCAGCCUGAGUUCUUUGGUCUUCGUUAUAUUUCUCGACAUGAUUCCCCAUCUCCAAGAUGGGUAGAUAUGGACAAGCCAUUGAAGAAACAGCUAGAGAAAGAGGCAAAAAAUUUUAGCCUCUAUUUGAGGGUCAUGUAUUAUGUUACAGAUGUACAACUUCUUCAAGAUGAGAUGACAAGGUACCAUUAUUAUCUCCAGCUCAAAAGUGAUGUAAUGGAAGGAAGAUUUUCUUGCAAUCCUAGGCAAGCUAUGCUUUUAGCAAGUUAUUCAAUGCAAGCAGAGUUUGGUAAUUAUGAUACUGAAAGGCACACAAUGGAAUGCUUGCAACAGUGCACAUUAUUUCCUAAAGAUGUUAUUCAGGCAGAUUCUGGUGGCUUAGAUUCUCUGUUGCAUACUGCUGUAUGCCAAUACAAAAAUCUGGUUGGUGUUACCCAAGCUGCAUCAGAAGAGUUGUACAUUUCUAUUGUCAUGCAGUUAGAAGGAUAUGGCAAUGAAACAUUCUCCACUAAGGACAAUGGAAACAAUGAAGUAAUACUAGGAAUUUCUAUUAAUGGAAUUAUGGUCGUCUAUCCAAGUACACAGACAACACAAUUCUACAGGUGGAAGGAUAUAAGCAAUGUUAUAAAUCACAAGAAGACAUUUAGAAUAGAGUGUCAAUCAGAGGGUGAAGAAGCAAAACAGUUCAUAUUUAGCGAAUCCCGCAAUGCAAAGUACGUGUGGCGUUUGUGCAUAGCACAGCACACAUUCUACAUGCAACAUCAGGAAUCUCGACCAUUAGAAAGAUCAACUAACGGAUAUUUUGAUAGCGACACGAAUGAUUCAGGCGAUCAUGCAGUCUCUGUGAACCUGGAUACUCGGAACGCAGACGGGCACACACGGUGGACAAGUUACAAUGACCUAUCGAUAUCACCAUAUCCUCCCGUGGUGUCGGUCUCGUCCACGGACAUAAAUAACUUGCGUGCUUUACUUCCGUCGUACAGACCGGCGCCGGAUUACGAAACUGCCGUCCAAAUGAAAUACAAUAACGGGGGCAAUCCUCCUCAGCCUUAUUACGCUAAUCAGUCCACGAUCGUUGGCGCUGAUAUUUCGUGCCUUCUCGGUAAUGUUGUGAACCGAAGUAGAUAUUAAAUUUUUACUUGUGUAUCAUAAAUCGCUGCUAGAGGAUGGUUGUAUAGAACGAAA